UGCGAGAUACGGACACUAUCGGCGCGCUAUUUCCAACAUAAUAAGCAUUAUCAUAACAAUAACAAGCUGGUGGCUGAGCAGAGCAUUCGAUGUGCUCAUGUCGCCGCGAUAACCUCUACAUUCUGUACUGUAGUUGGAAGUCGCGAGGAGACAGCGCAACGCGUUCCGUUUUAUUUAAAACAAAACUUUUUUAUUUUUAAUUUUUAUAUUUACGGCCAGUGUUUUUUUUGUAAAAAUUUUUCUUUGGUUAUGCCAGUAUUUGUGAUUCUUAUUGUGUUGGUAAUUUAGUGAGAGUUUAAGUACCGGGAUUGUGAAACAUAACAGAGCUAGUAUGGUGGUGGUGCUGAACGGUGUUUUGGCGGACGAGUGUCCUACGUCAGUGCGCGCGUUGCUGGCCGCGCACCCCGGUUACAGGGACGCGGCCGCGCAGCUGCUUGCUGCCGCGCCCAGGGUGGUCGGCCCGCAGGGGCUGCUGUAUGUCGCCCAAAGGGAACUCGCUGCAGCUGUGCCACACGACAAAAACGUCAGUAUCAUAGGCUCUGACGACGCCACAUCAUGUAUUAUAGUAGUCGUGAGACAUUCAGGGUCUGGCGCGGUGGCGCUGGCGCACCUGGACGGGUCUGGAACGGGCGAGGCGGCGGCGGCGCUGGUGGCGCGCGCUCUUCACCUCGCCGCCGGCUACCCAGAAGGCCGGCUCGAGCUGCAGCUCGUCGGAGGAUUCACCGAUCCACAUAGAUAUUCCGAUGAACUCUUUGCCAAUAUCAUGUUAUCAUUCCACCGUUUGUCCGAGGAGAUCGACCUGACGAUGGCGUGUUGUUGCGAACUGAAUACCGCGCUCGGCGGGGGCGCGGGCUCGCCCCUGGUGACGGGCGUCGGCGUUGACGUGCGCGCCGGAGACCUGUUCCCUGCGACAUUCCCCGACAAGGGCCCUGAGAUGCCGCUACGAGCUGCUAGGACUAUCACUGGAGGACCUAACUCCGCACAAGUAUUGGACAUCUACGACAAUGGGGUGGGCAUGUUGCGCAUCGGGCCCUUCAACUACGACCCCCUGCGCGGUGUCGAUCUCUGGCUGGAGCAGACAGACGACUUCAUACUGAAGCACCUCAGCACCACACCCAACGCCGAGCCGCCGCAUUUCGUUCACCAUAUUCGUGUGACGCUGAAGUUCAUCCAGACACACCCGUUCCCCGCGGUGACAGUGUUCCCGGACAAUCGGCCGCACUUCUACCGCCGCGACGAACAGACCGGACUCUGGGCGCCCAUGCGCUUCUAAUGACAGCUGUCACACGCUGACACACGCCGACGUCGAGCUCUCUCACAUUUGACAGAUAAAACUGAGCUCUUGACAGGAACAUUUGACAGCUUUGUUGUGUAGUACCAUCUGAUCCAACCGUGACGCUACUGUCGCGGUUCAUUUUGUCAGAAAGUAUAGUUAGGCAAAGUAUAGGACUGGAUCCAUCAAGACUUUUGGCCACGGGACAAAUAACAUUUUGCUACUGUAUUGAAAUGAUUUCGGUCGAUAUCACAGAAUGGAAUUAAAUUAACGGCAUUUUAUUUCUAGUUGUUAAAAAUAUAUGAAUCCGCUUUUACAUGUGGCUUUGUAAAUGAAGUAAAAAAAUCAACUGAUUUAAUGCGGGAAAAGCAUAAUUUAUUUGAUGGAAAAUUAAGACUUUUCGUAUUUGUUUUUCGUUCUGUCUGACCAAACGUUUCUGACUUUUAUAUGUGUUGCCAUAAGCAGCUUACAUGACAAUUUAUGACAUAUCUUAGUUAAUGUAAAAUAAAACAAUUAUAAUGCGUACAUUUUGUGAGUGUGACAUUACACUGUAUUGCCAGAUAUCAAUUAAUGUUGAC